GAAAGUUUUUGCACCGUCAUUUCCUUUUCUGACACAAGAGCUCUGCUGUCAGUCAUCAUUGUUAAAAGUAAUCAUAACUUUGCUUUUUUUUAGUAUUAACUUUCAUAUAUGCUCCUUUCUUCAGUAUUCUGAAUCCAGCAGUUUCAAAAGGUAAAGCAGACAGAAGCGAAUGUGCUUCCGAUCAAAGGAAUUUCAACCCAGGUAAAUAUUUAAAUCUCACAAUCGAUUUCAAGUCAUUUUUUUCUGUUUUUCAUUUACAAGAUCUAUGUUAUUAAAAUUGAUGCUUUCUCAUAGCUACUUCCUAGGCGCGUUUACAAGUGCGCUUUCAUUUUAUAGAACCUCCAUCGAGUAUUGACGAUAAAGCUCAUUACUGUUGUUUUAUAAAAACAUAUUUAUAUCCUCUAAGAAGUUACUGUUAUUAAUUGGUUUUGGCUUCCUGUUCCAUAAUGGACUUUGAACUUUUCAAAUAUUCAAACGAGUUGAAAAGUCCAAGCAGCUCAAAAUGACCAAUUUUUCUAAGAAAAAGAUUCGCUCUUUGAUGUCUAAAGUAUUAGCUGGACUAAGCGACCAACUGGUUGAAGCUGAAUCUACUUCAGUUUGUGAGAAAGUUCUAAAUCUUCCGGAAUGGAAGAAGAGUAAGAAUAUUUGUCUCUUCAUGAACAUGCCCAAGAUGGAAAUACGUACUCACGAUCUUGUCAAUGAAGCUCUGAAACAAGGAAAAAACGUAUUUUUACCAAGAUGCGAAGGACGCCAUACGAUGUCGAUGUAUCAAGUAUACAAUACUAACCAUCUGAUCAAAAAUCAAUGGCAAAUCCCUGAACCAGAUGGAUCUUCCCCAAAAGUUAUGGAUGAUGAAACUUUCUGUGAUUUAAUCAUCAUGCCCGGUGUAGCCUUCGAUUCUAACUUAGCACGACUUGGUCAUGGCAGAGGUUUUUAUGAUGAUUUUGUUCAUCGUUACAAAGCCUGGUGCUUCCAAAAACCUUCUAGAUGUGACAUCUUCAAAGUUGGAAUUUGUUUAUCCAAACAAGUUCUCCCAAAUGGUCAAAUUCCAAUGAGUCCUUUAGAUGAGUUUCUUGACUUACUUGUCACUCCUCAAAACAUUUACAAAAGGCCUUAGAGGGUUGCAGGUAUGGAACAAUAUUAGACUCCGAAAUGUAAAAUAACUUGAACUAGUUUAGAUUAAAG